AAGUCGAAAUACAUAAAUACUGAGCAAACUUUCAUUUCAGAUUAGAAACUGCGCAGUAGUGCUCACCAUUGUUGUCAUCCUGAAAACCUUUUUUUCCACAGUCAUGAAAGCACUUCUGGUUGUUGCAGCGGUCGCCCUGAUCCGUGGCAGUUUUGCCACUCUGCUCAUUAAAGGGCCGACCGAGCCGAUCCUGGAGGGAGAGAGCAUCACGCUGGAGUGCCUGAUCUCGGACUCAGAGCUCAACAUCAGCCAGGUCCACUUUGAGAUCUUCUCCAAGUACAUGCAGACAUGGCGUCCGGUUUGGGAGCGAUCCUGGUGCUACUAUUCCAUGCAGAUCGAGCAGAUUUCGGACAGCCUCGUCCUGACUAUUCCCCGCGCAGGAAGGUACUACGAGGGGCCCUACCGCUGUGUGUCCGACGCCGAGAAUGUGACUGCGCCAGACAACUCCUCCCAGGUCCUGGCCAUCAAAGUGCAUUACAUGGGUGAGCUGUCGCUGUCGAGGGAAGGCUUCACCAGCUACCUGGGCGUCCCACAGGAGCUGAGGGUGCGAGCCGGGGACGACGUGGUGCUGAAGUGCUCCGCCAGCGCGUCGGAGGAGCCGAGCUACUUCUGGAACAAGAACGGUGACGACUGGAUCCUGCCUUCCUCCAAGCUGACGCUGAAGAAGGUGAGCGCCCAGGACGAAGGAAAGUACACCUGCGUGGCCGAGCAUCCCUCCGUGGAGUCGUUCAGCAGGAGGCGCACCAUCAGCAUCACCGUGCUGCCUGAGGAUGCCCCCUGGUACGAGUCGAGUAACGGACGUCUCGUGCUGAUGACCUCGGCGGCGGCCGUGUCUCUCCUGGUGUUCAUCCUCUCCAUGAGCGUGUUCCUGUGCCGCAGGGCAAAGCAGACCAAGACCAGCAAGGGACCCAUUGAUGACCGGUCUCAGAAAAAGCCCAUCUACAGAAGCAGCGUGGAGUCCUUACCCUCCACCUGCGGAGACAAACAACCUCUGGUGUGACGGCCCAGGCAGGUGGAAGGAUGAAGAGAUGAAGAGGGAGCGAGCGACGAGAAGAAAGAUGGGAAGGUUGGGCCGGGAAAAUGGGCGACACUUAAGAGAGGGACGGGGGACGAUGUGGGGUUACGGACGAUCAGAAUGCAGGGUGGGGGAAAAUGAGGGAGGUAAAGAUUUGGAGACUGUAGGGAGAGCACAAUAAAAAUCAGUAACAAGCUGGGUGGAAAAAAAAGAAAAAAUCUCUGAAGGGCAAAUGAUUGCUGUAGAGGCACAAAAGCUGCGCUGCUUGUGGGUGUAUGCUUCAGUUAUGCAUCUAGGACAAGAUGGGCAAUUUCUCUUUAUUUAUCCCGCAUUGUAGGAAAUGGCGAGCUACGUUUUUAGCGAAGCGUCGACGGCGGCGGGAUGAGCCUCCCGCGCCGCGAGAGCUGUUAAGACCCCACGCAAAAUUCUCUCCUUUUUUUCUGUCACAAACAUAAUUGCUCGGCUGUGUAUCAUGAAUGGAGCCAUUUGGGUGAUAGGACAAGGUUUCCCUUGUGUUGGUUUCCCUUUCAACCUUUUUUUUUCUUUUUUUUUCUUUUCUUCCAAA